AAGGAAGUGAAGGAGAGAGAGGUUUUCAUAAAGUGUUUGGCAAAGACCCUCUCAGUCCUGCACAGCCUCUCAAGAGGGACUCAAGAGGUACUGGUUCUCACUGGUCAGCUGCAGCAGAUUUGUGUGUGAGUUCUUUCCUGCGUGUGUGUGACCAUGCGUGGUGUGUGCGUGUUCCUUUUGGCAUGCAUCAUGCCGCUAUCCGUCGCCAUGCCAGACAGGCAGGACCCGUUUCUCUGGCUGUCCGCSCUGCAUGGUCGCGGUUACAACGAGGGCUCCCUAUUGGCCGACACCACCGGGGGGGAGUGUCCUGAUGAGUGUGACUGCCCGCCCUCCUUUCCCAUCGCUAUGUACUGUGACGGACGGGGGCUGACAGCCAUGCCCACAGUACCCUCCAGGAUGAAGUACCUGUACCUGCAGCACAACGAGAUCACCGCCCUGCCAGACUCCGCCCUGGCUAACACUACUAACCUAGUCUGGGUCAUGUUGCAUCACAACGCGCUGUCUACAGACAAAAUCGGCAAGAGGGCGUUUGCCAAGCUGCAAGGGUUGGAGCGUCUGUACCUACAACAUAACAACCUGACUGGUGUUCCCCCCAACCUGCCACGCUCACUACGAGACCUCAGACUCAACAACAACAACAUCAACAAGAUUACGCCAGAGGCCCUGGAGGGCAUGGGCAACCUGACCAUCCUGUAUCUCCAUGACAACGCUCUGACGGAGAUGGGCACAUCUCUUAGGGGGUUGAACUCACUCACACUCCUCGACGUCAGCGGCAACAAGCUGAAAAAGGUUCCAGACAGCCUCCCAGAGCGCAUCCACCAGCUGUACCUGGAGUCUAAUGCCAUCAGCGCUGUCCCAGAGGGAUUCCUCAGCAAGUUCUCCCAGCUGCAAUACAUUCGCAUGGGCCACAACCAGCUGACGGACAAGGGCAUCCCUCCCAACACCUUCAACGUGACUGGCCUGGUGGAGCUGGACCUCAGCUUUAACCAGCUGGAGAGGAUCCCCCCCGUCAGCCAGACGCUAGAGCACCUCUACCUACAGGCCAACCGCAUCAAAGAGUUUACCCUGGGUAGUUUCUGUAGUGUCGUGGACGUGAUUAACUUCUCCAAACUGAGGACGGUGCGUCUGGAUGGGAAUGAGAUCAGCACCGGGGAUGUCCCCUCCGACUCAGUCCUUUGUCUGCGCAUGGCCAACACCAUCGAGGUGUAACACUCCCUUCUCACCACCAGGCUACAGCACCAUCAAGGUGUAACACAACCAUCUCACCACCAGGCUACAGCACCAUCAAGGUGUAACACUCCCCUCUCACCACCAGGCUACAGCACCAUCAAGGUGUAACACUCCCCUCCUCACCACCAGGCUACAGCACCAUCAAGGUGUAACACUCCCCUCUCACCACCAGGCUACAGCACCAUCAAGGUGUAACACAACCAUCUCAACACUGGAAUGCAGCAUUUCCAGUACACAUCUGCAACUCCCCUAUUUCCUGAACGGAGGGUAGCAGUUUGAUCGUCACUAGUUACCAAAGCCACAAAGUCAUAAUUAUGGCUAAACCCCACCUAUUUCUAUAAUAUAUUAGCCAUUCAGCAGACACUUCUAUUCAGAAUGACUUGCAGUCAUGCAUGCAUACAUUGGGUUGUCCUGGGAAUCGUGCCAAGCGCUGCCAACUGAGCUACAAUUUCUCUGCCAAAAAUCUGAUUUUAAAUCUAACCCUAACCUUAACCACACUGCUAAACUUAUGCCUAACCCUAACCUUGAAUGAAGACUGAGAAGCACAUUUUUGCUUUCAUUAAUUUUGACAAUAUAGCCAAUUUUGACUCUGUGGCUGUGAUAACUAGUGACAAAGCAGCAGUCCUAACUUUAGCAUCACAUUGCAAUUCUCCAAUCUCACCAAGAAGGGGCAGCAGAGGGUUAUGAGACACAAAGGCACACCAAGUUUAUUUUGGUUUGGUUUGUUCUACUAAUAUCAUUCAAAAGGACAUUAUCAUACAUCUCCAUAUCAGGACAAGUUGUUUUCUAAACUUUAGAAAUAGAAUGUUCAAAGCAUGUUCAAAGUCAACUUCAUGUCAACUUUUGACGGUCAGAAAAAAACGAUGGACGAAUGGUGGUUCUGGCCAUAAUUUACGUUGUCUGACAACAUAUGAGCCUCAGAGAAAUGCCAUUGGCUCAGAUCUCUGUGUUCCGGCCCUAACUCGAGUAGGCAUGUAACUGUUGUGAUUUAUGAUUGAGAUUUAUGAUAUGAAAGACAUGUAGGCCUACUGCAUGUAUUGGUAUUAGUAUUGACUAAGGGCCUUGGUGUUUUGAUGUCCUUCACAGGGCUUUCUUAUUGACUUAAUAAAGGUAUUCAUGUUUUACUAAGACUUAA